UGCCACGUCGGUAGGAUAUGCUUCACACCCCUUUAUUCGUGUCUUUCCAUUAGUGCAGGCCCCCCCCCACCCUCGUAGCCUAGCGUUUAGCAUCGAUGUUUGGGUCCCCCUGACAGGAGGCCCUUCAGACACCCAGCUAAGACGCACAGACACACACUCCCAAACGCACGCACACAUAGACACACACGCACGCACACACACCAGCACCCACGUAUCCACACAUACGUACACACACACACACACACACACACACACGCACAAGGCACACCUAUGUCUCUAUGACAGUGGCGCUGCGGUGUGGUGCGGUGCCUACUCAAGCAGGGUUAAGUGAGCUGACCAGUGGUUGGCUGAACGCGUGACGGGAUACCCCGGCCUACGACGACAUCCACAUAGACACCUCGGUUAUUUUUUCCCCUCCAUUCUCUUUCUUCCCCAGAGCGGACGCUCGUUGCUCUCUCUCUCUCGUGCCUGCUCGAGUGUCUCCAUUUUUUGUUCGACUUUGCCAGGAACUAAGUGAGCAAUCAUGUGGGAGUUCCGGUCCAUGAUGUUUUGGCGGGCGGUCUUCGCCGAGUUCUUUGGCACCAUGUUCUUUGUGUUCUUCGGCAUGGGCGCGGCCCUGCGCUGGACCAGCGGGCCCUACCACGUCUUCCACACGGCGCUCUGCUUCGGCUUCGCCGCCGCCACGCUCAUCCAGUCCAUCGGCCACAUCAGCGGCGGGCACAUCAACCCAGCCGUCACCUUCGCCUACCUAGUGGGCUCUCAGAUGUCCCUGUUCCGCGCCGUCUUCUACUGGUGCGCCCAGUGCCUGGGUGCCAUGGCUGGCGCCGCCGUGCUCUACGGAGUCACACCCAAUAACAUGAGGGGCAACAUGGCUCUCAAUACGCUCCAGCCGGGCAUCAGCCUGGGCAUGGCCACCACAGUGGAGGUGUUCCUCACCAUGCAGCUGGUGGUCUGCAUCUUCUCUGUGACCGACGACCGGAGGAACGGACGCAUGGGCUCCGCCGCCCUGGCCAUCGGCUUCUCCGUCACCAUGGGCCACCUCAUGGGGAUGUACUACACUGGAGCUGGUAUGAAUCCUGCCAGGUCUUUCGCCCCUGCUGUCCUCAUGAGGAAUUUCAUCAACCACUGGGUGUACUGGGUUGGACCCAUGAUUGGCGGUGCGAUGGGUGCUAUCUUGUACGACUUCAUGCUGUUCCCCCGCAUGCGUGGCCUGUCUGAGAGGCUAGCCACUCUGAAGGGCAGCCGGCCCCCAGAGGCGGAGAACCAGCAGGACACCCGCGGGGAGCCCAUCGAGCUCAAGACCCAAGCCCUAUAAACCUGCACACUGCUGGGGAAGCAGGGCCAGGCUCUGCCCCCCUCCAACCU